CCAAAUCGCAUGAUCACUGUGUUUUUAAGCGAAAUAUUAAACUUUUCAAAGUUUAUUACGUUUGUUUAACAUUUGUAAUACCGGCCGAAAUGGCUGCGUUCGAAGAAAUGGGUGUGCUGCCGGAAAUUUCUAAAGCCCUUGAAGAAAUGGAUUGGACUCUUCCAACCGAUGUCCAAGCUGAAGCUAUACCAUUAAUUCUUGGAGGUGGUGAUGUUUUGAUGGCUGCUGAAACUGGCAGUGGUAAAACAGGAGCUUUUUCAAUACCUGUUUUGCAAAUUGUCUGGGAAACUGCAAAAGACUUAUUAUCUGGAAAAACAAGAAAAUCAACUUCUUCUUCUCAAUCACCAAUUUGGAGUUUAAGUGUUCAUGAUAGAAGCAAUGCACUAUCUAUAACUUCUGAUGGUCUUAGAUGUCAAAGUAGAGAACAAAGGGAAUGGCAUGGUUGUCGAGCCACCAAAGGUGUCAAAGGUCCUGGAUUAUAUUAUUAUGAAACCAUCAUUAAUGAUGAAGGUUUAUGUAGAGUGGGAUGGUCAAAUUCUCAGGCCGCUGUAGAUCUAGGAACUGAUAAAUUUGGAUGGGGCUUUGGUGGAACAGGAAAAAAAUCUAACUCUAAGCAAUUUGACAAUUAUGGUGAACCUUUUGGUAAAAGUGAUGUUAUUGGUUGCUUGUUGGAUUUGAACCAAGGAGAAAUUCGAUUUUGGAAGAACGGAAUUGAUUUAGGAACAGCUUUUAAAUUGAAUCAUCAGCAAAAGUCUGAAGCUUUUUUUCCAGCUGUUGUGGUGAAAAAUGCAGAAAUAGCAUUUAAUUUUGGAGCACAACCUUUUAAACAUCCUCCUAAAAAUGGCUAUGUAGCUGUAUCUGCCGCCCCAGCCAAUCAGAUUAUUUCAAAUCCAAAUUCUGCUAACACACAAAUUCGUACUUCUGACAAAUCAGUAAAUAACAAGGGCCCAAAAGCUAUCAUUAUCGAGCCAUCUCGUGAGCUUGCAGAACAAACUUGCAGCCAAAUUGAAAAAUGUAAUAAGUAUAUUCAAGAUCCUCCUGUAUCAGUAUUAUUAGUUGUUGGAGGAAUAAGUAUUAAAGAUCAAAUAAAUCAGUUGGGACGUGGUGUUGAUAUAGUAGUUGGAACUCCAGGUCGUUUAGAAGCAUUAGUACAAGAUGGAUACGUAUCUCUGGAUCAGUGCAGAUUUUACGUCCUGGAUGAGGCAGAUGGUCUAUUAAAGCAAAAUUAUGGACCUAUGAUUGAAAGGUUACAUAAGGCAAUGCCAAAAAUGUCAAGUGAAGGAAAUAGACUACAAAUGAUUGUUUGUUCUGCCACAUUGCAUGCUUUUGAAGUCAAAAAAAUGGCUGAAAAACUCAUGCACUUCCCUACAUGGGUCGACUUGAAAGGAGAAGAUGCAGUUCCAGAGACGGUACAUCAUGUAGUUGUAAUGAUAGAUCCUCAAAAAGAUGAUUCUUGGCAGCGUAUGAGAAGACACAUUCAGACCGAUGGUGUUCAUUUACAAGAUAGUCAUAGAGCCAUUCAAACAGCAGAGGCCAAGUCUGAAGCUGUUAAGAUACUCAAAGGAGAAUACUGUCUCAGAGCUAUUAGAGAACAUAAAAUGGAUAGAGCAAUUAUUUUCUGCCGUACUAAAAUGGACUGUGACAAUUUGAAACGAUUUUUAGAUGGCAUUCAGGAUAGAGAAUUGUCUAGUGUUUGUUUCCAUGGCGAUCGUAAGCCCGAUGAACGAAGAAAUAAUCUCAAUAAAUUUAAACGUGAAGAAGUUCGAUUUUUAAUUUGCACCGAUGUAGCAGCUAGAGGACUCGAUAUUUCGGGCUUACCUUUUAUUAUCAACAUGACCCUGCCCGACGAAAAAACGAACUAUGUCCACCGCAUCGGUCGAGUUGGUCGAGCAGAGAGAAUGGGUUUAGCCAUAUCAUUAGUAUCCAGCGUACCUGAGAAAGUUUGGUAUCACGGUGAAUGGUGUUCAAGUAGGGGUCGUAAUUGUUCAAAUACCAACCUUACUGAGCAAGGUGGUUGCUGCAUUUGGUACAACGAACCGAGGCUUUUAGCCGAAAUUGAAGAUCACUUAAAUAUAACAAUACAAAUUGUCGAUAAAGACUUGAAAAUACCCAUGAACGAAUUUGAUGGAAAAGUUGUGUAUGGUGAAAAACAAUUGAACAGAGGUUCAAACUACGAUUAUCACGUACAAGAAAUGACGCCAUCAGUUGUGCAUCUUCAGCGUUUAGAAGCUGAAGCUCAAGUAACAUAUUUAAAGAGAUUUCAUUUAGUUGCAUAAAAUUUAUUAAAAAUUCUUGAAAAUUUUAAUAUUUUUAAUACCAUCAAGUGUAAUUUGCAAAAAAUAUAAUGAAUAAUUCUAAUAAUAAGUUAUCAUUAGUUAAAGCAUGGAUGGGCAAAAUAAAUCUAAUCAUAUUGCCUUUUUGUUGUAUCUCGUUUUUUAUAUAUUAUUAUUCUUUUGUUGUUUUCCUUCUUCAUAGUGGAUCUUAACAUAUAAUAUUAUCAUUAUAAUGAUUUUCUUGAGUGUUUUUAUUUGUUUCUGCUCAUUUUCAAUCGCUGCGCAGAAAGGGCUUAUAAUAUAUAUAUAUAUCUUUAUAACAUAGUUUUAUAUUCACCAUUAUAUGUAUUUAUUUCAAUCGUUGAUGCGCUGUGUUUUUUAUCAUCAGUUCCAUAAUUUUUUUACGCGGCGCCAACAAUAUUUUUUUUUUUAUUACGUUUUGUUGAUUCACAGUGGACAUU